AUGUCUAUGCAUAAGCAAGAGUUUCUGCUGUUUAAACAGGCUUCUGAGUUUCUGAAAUCACUUCUGAAGAAGUUGCUGAUCAAUGUCAAUGUGAAACUAUUCCGUUACACUCCACAGAUUCCACGUACGCUCCGAUCCUCGGCCAUUCUCGAUCGCCGAUCCUCGGCUGCGCCCGAUCAAUCAUAUAGACUAUUCCGUUACACUCCACAGAUUCCACGUACGCUCCGAUCCUCGGCCAUUCUCGAUCGCCGAUCCUCGGCCGCCACCCCGAUCAAUCAUAUAGACUAUUCCGUUACACUCCACAGAUUCUACGUACGCUCCGAUCCUCGGCCAUUCUCGAUCGCCGAUCCUCGGCCGCUACGAACGCGCGUAUAUUCUUCCGCCCCGAAGCUCCACCGCAAGAAGUUAAGAUAUCAGUGA